AUGCGUGCCCUGCCCGUGGUUAUCCUGGCCACCUUCCUCUCAUCCUCCGCUCUGGUUUCGUGCGCUCCUCUUCCCGGCGCCAACGUGACCGCCAACUCCUCGGACCCUUUGCUGAGUGCCCUGGAGUCGCUCCGCGCGGCGCUUGGGAACGGAUCUCUGAGCGCCCUGGGGGUCGUGCGGCUCCUCAACAAAUGCGGGGCGUCCGACCUGGCGUCCCCUGCGCUGCUCCAAGUUGCCAGCAACUCCAGCCUGGAUCAGUGGCCCGCGACCAUGCCAGAGGUCGCUGCCAAGGUCCAGAAGACGUUCAACGUGACAACCCAGGACAUUGUGUCCUGGGUCUCCAAGGUCCUGCAGCUCUGCUCUCCAUCAGCAGCCGCGGCGGGGGGGUCGACUGCUGCUCCUGGGAGCCAGAACCCCAGUAGAGCUUUCCCUUCAGCCAGCCAGAACCCCAGUGUAGCUUCCCCUUUAACCAGCCAGAACCCUAGAAGUGCUUCCACUUCAGCCAGCCAGAACCCUAGUAGAGCUUCCCCUUCAGCCGGCCAGAACCCUAGUAGACCUUCCCCUUCAACCGGCCAGAACCCCAGUGUAGCUUCCCCUUCAACCAGCCAGAACCCUAGAAGUGCUUCCAUUUCAACCAGCCAGAACCCUAGAAGUGCUUCCACUUCAGCCAGCCAGAACCCUAGUAGAGCUUCCCCUUCAACCGGCCAGAACCCCAGUGUAGCUUCCCCUUCAGCCAGCCAGAACCUCAGUAGCGCUUCCCCUUCAGCCGGCCAGAAGCCUAGCAGAGCUUCCCCUUCAGCCAGCCAGAACCCUAGUAGAGCUUCCCCUUCAGCCGGCCAGAACCCUAGUAGAGCUUCCCCUUCAGCCGGCCAGAACCCCAGUGUUGCUUCCCCUUCAGCCGGCAUGAACCGCAGUAGUGCUUCCCCGUCAGCCGGCCAGAACCCCAGUAGAGCUUCCCCUUCAGCCGGCCAGAACCCUAGUAGAGCUUCCCCUUCAGCCGGCCAGAACCCCAGUGUUGCUUCCCCUUCAGCCGGCAUGAACCGCAGUAGUGCUUCCCCGUCAGCCGGCCAGAACCCCAGUAGAGCUUCCCCUUCACCCGGCCAGAACCCCAGUGUAGCUUCCCCUUCAGCAGGCCAGAACCCCAGUGGAGCUUCCCCUUCAGCCGGCCAAAAUCCUAGUAGAGCUUCCGCUUCAGCCGGCCAAAACCCCAGUAGAGCUUCCCCUUUAGCCGGCCAGAACCCCAGUAGUGCUUCCCCUUCAGCCAGCCAGAACCCCAGUGGAGCUUCCCCUUCAGCCAGCCAGAACCCCAGUAGAGCUUCCGCUUCAGCCGGCCAAAACCCCAGUAGCGCUUCCGCUUUAGCCGGCCAGAACCCCAGUGUAGCUUCUCCUUCAGCCGGCCAGAAGCCUAGUGGAGCUUCCCCUUCAGCCGGCCAGAACUCCAGUAGAGCUUCCCCUUCAACCAGCCAGGAACCCAGUGUAGCUUCCCCUUCAGCCGGCCAGAACGCUAGUAGCACUUCCUCUUCAGCUGGCAAGAACCCCAGUAGUGCUUCCCCUAAAGACGGCCAGAACCCCAGUAGAGCUUCCCCUUCAGCCAGCCAGAACCCUAGUGGAGCUUCCCCUUCAGUCGGCCAGAAACCUAGUGUAGCUUCGCCUUCAGCCGGCCAGAACUCCACUAGAGCUUCCCCUUCAGCCGGCCAGAACCCCAGUAGAGCUUCCCCUUCAGCCGGCCAGAACCCCAGUGUAGCAUUCCCUUCAGCCGGCCAGAACCCCAGUAGAACUUCCCUUUCAACCAGCCAGAACCCCAGUGUAGCGUCCCCUUCAGCCAGCCAGAACCCCAGUAGAGCUUCGCCUUCAGCUGGCCAGAACCCCAGUAGUCCUUCCCCUUCAGCCAGCCAGAACCCCAGUAGAGCUUCCCCUUCAGCCGGCCAGAACCCCAGUAGAGCUUCCCCUUCAACCAGCCAGAACCCCAGUGUAGCGUCCCCUUCAGCCAGCCAGAACCCCAGUAGUCCUUCCCCUUCAGCCAGCCAGAACCCCAGUAGAGCUUCCCCUUCAGCCGGCCAGAACCCCAGUGUAGCAUUCCCUUCAGCCGGCCAGAACCCCAGUAGAGCUUCCCCUUCAACUAGCCAGAACCCCAGUGUAGCUUCCCCUUCAGUCGGCCAGAACCCCAGUAGAGCUUCCCCUUCAGCCGGCCAGAACCCCAGUAGAGCUUCCCCUUCAGCCAGCCAGAACCCUAGUGUAGCUUCCCCUUCAGCCGGCCAGAACCCCAGUAGAGAUUCCCCUUCAUCCGGCCAGAACCCCAGUGGAGCUUCUCCUUCAUCUGGCCAGAACCCCAGUGUAGCUUCCCCUACAGCCGGCCAGAACCUCAGUAGAGCUUCCCCUUCAGCCAGCCAGAACCCUAGUGUAGCUUCCCCUUCAGUCGGCCAGAACCAUAGUGGAGCUUCCCCUUCAGCCGGCAAGAACCCUAGUGUAGCUUCGCCUUCAGCCGGCCAGAACUCCACUAGAGCUUCCCCUUCAGCCGGCCAGAACCCCAGUGUAGCUUCCCCUUCAGCCAGCCAGAUCCCCAGUAGAGCUUCCCCUUCAGCUGGCCAGAACCCCAGUAGUCCUUCCCCUUCAGCCAGCCAGAACCCCAGUAGAGCUUCCCCUUCAGCUGGCCAGAACCCCAGUAGUCCUUCCCCUUCAUCCGGCCAGAACCCUAGUGGAGCUUCCCCUUCAGCCGGUCAGAAGCCUAGUGUAGCUUCCCGUUCAGCCGGCCAGAACCCCAGUAGCACUUCCGCUUCAACCGGCCAGAACCCCAAUAGAGCUUCCCCUUCAGCCGACCAGAACCCCAGUGUAGCUUCUCCUUCAGCCAGCCAGAUCCCCAGUGUAGCUUCCCCUUCAGCCGGCCAGAGCCCUAUUGGAGCUUCCCCUUCAGCCGGCCAGAACCCCAGUAGCGCUUCGCCUUCAGCCGGCCAGAACCCCAGUAAAGCUUCCACUUCAUCCAGCCAGAACCCCAGUGUAGCUUCCCCUUCAGCCGGCCAGAACCCCAGUGUAGCUUCCCCUACAGCCAGCCAGAACCCCAGUAGAGCUUCCCCUUCAUCCGGCCAGAACCCCAGUGUUGCUUCCUCUUCAGCCGGCCAGAUCCCCAGUAGAGCUUCCCCUUUAGCCGGCCAGAACCCCAGUAGAGCUUCCCCUUCAGCCGGCCAGAACCCCAGUGUAGCUUCCCCUUCAGCCGGCCAGAGCCCUAUUGGAGCUUCCCCUUCAGCCGGCCAGAACCCCAGUAGUGCUUCUCCUUCAAUCGUCCAGAACCCCAGUGUUGCUUCCUCUUCAUCCAGCCAGAACCCCAGUAGUGCUUCCCCUUCAGCCGGCCAGAACCCCAGUGUAGCUUCCCCUUCAGCCGGCCAGAACCCCAGUAGAGCUUCCCCUUCAUCCGGCCAGAACCCCAGUGUUGCUUCCUCUUCAGCCGGCCAGAUCCCCAGUAGAGCUUCCCCUUUAGCCGGCCAGAACCCCAGUAGAGCUUCCCCUUCAGCCGGCCAGAACCCCAGUGUAGCUUCCCCUUCAGCCGGCCAGAGCCCUAUUGGAGCUUCCCCUUCAGCCGGCCAGAACCCCAGUAGUGCUUCUCCUUCAAUCGUCCAGAACCCCAGUGUUGCUUCCUCUUCAUCCAGCCAGAACCCCAGUAGUGCUUCCCCUUCAGCCGGCCAGAACCCCAGUGUAGCUUCCCCUUCAGCCGGCCAGAACCCCAGUAGAGCUUCCCCUUCAGCCGGCCAGAACCCUAGUGGAGCUUCCCCUUCAGCCGGCCAGAACCCCAGUAGAGCUUCUCCUUCAGCCAGCCAGAACCCUAGUAGCGCUUCCCCUUCAGCUGACCAGAACCUCAGUAGAGCUUCCCUUUCAGCCAGCCAGAACCCCAGAGGUGCUUCCUCUUCAGCCGGCCAGAACCCCAGUAGAGCUUCCCCUUCAGCCGGCCAGAACCCUAGUAGCGCUUCCCCUUCAGCCGGCCAGAAUCCCAGUAGAGCUUCCCUUUCAGCCAGCCAGAACCCCAGUAGAGUUCCCCCAUCAGGGAGGCAGAACUCGAGUGCCAGACCUGCUUCAGUCAGUCAGAAAUCCAAGGGGAAAGAUCAGAAGGAAGACGAGGGGUCCACGGAGGAGAAAGAGAAUACAAAAGAGCCCAAGAAGAAAGAGAGUAAGAAAGACGAGCCCACGAAGGAGAAAAAAGCGUCCUCGCGCAAUGAGAAUUAAAUGCUUUCGCUGGGCAUUUAAGGAGUAACAGACCGGAAAACAAAACGUUGAUAGGCAAAGCGUCAGCCAGACAAACAGGCAGACAGAUAAGCAAAGCUACGGGCUGUUGAACCAUCAGACAGACGAACGAAUAUGUGUUGUCUGUUCAAAAUGUUUAGCAUACUUCCCGACAUGCAACUUACUUGAAAUUUGCCAUGUGGGUACUUUCCAGACUGUACACCAUGCAAAAAUUAUAAAAAUACACUUUUGUUUUUUUU